AAUUUACAAGUCAAUUGAUUAACUUACAGUAUUUUUAUUGUUGUUUCUAGGAAGAUGCAAAUGUUUUUAUUGUGAAUUGGGGAAGAGGUUGGUUCGAUAUCAUUCAUUAUCCACAAGCUGCAUCGAACGCAAGAGUUGCAGGAGCUGAGUUAGCCAGAUUCAUCGAGCAUUUAAAUAGUGAAUACAACCUUCCGCUAGACAAAAUCCAUCUGAUUGCCACAGUCUCGGAGCACAUGUUGCCUCUUACGCAGCUAAACGUAUGAAAGGAAUUGGGCGAUUAACAGGUUUGGACCCGGCUCAGCCUGGCUUUGAAGACACGCCAAUUGAAGUGCGAUUGGAUAAAACAGAUGCACUAUUUGUGGACGUUUACCAUACUGACAUGCGACCAUUUUUCCCAUUAGGAGGAUUUGGAAUGAUUAAUCCUGUCGCGUAUUUGGUAUGUUCUCACAUACGUGCUUAUCAGUACUUCACAGCAUCAAUCAAUAGUAAAGAUUGUGAGGUCUGGGCUGGUAAAGUCAAGAUGCCGGAUAAAAUCGUAUCACGUCUGCGACGUUUGGUAGUCAACCGGUUUACUCUUUGGUGAAGACUUGUUCCUUGAAAACGUGCACUGUAGCAGGCUACAAAGCUGAUACACCCGGCCUGCCAAGAGAGGGCGUAUUCUCCCCUAUUACUGUUCUUAAAGAUCCUCCAUAUUGUGCUCCCAAACAUGAGAACAUGAUUGUAAAUGAGGAGAAGAUUUCAAACGGGAUGGAAAGAUAUAAAUCUACAGUGAAAGAGUCAACAAUCAAAAUAAUACCAUCUGAGAUUCCCCAGGUGGCAACUAUGGAAAACGAUGACAUGGAUGAACAGGCUGAUGAUUUUAUGUUCACAUCUGAGUCAGAAAGUCAAUACUUUAAUGAAGAUGAUUUGUAUGAAAUAGUCACAAGUAGACAUUGAUGCAAUCUUCUCACUCUCGCAUCUUCAGAAAUUGCGCUUUUUAUAGAAGGAUUCAAGCAGGAUAUUGAAGAAAUGUUAUUGAUGACAAUUGAAUAAAAAUUAACCAUUAAAGAAAUCAUGAAGCAAUGUA